UAUUGCACUACUCGUCUGCACCUCUUCUUCUUUUGGUCUUAUUCUCCUCCGAAAGCAACGGAAUCAUAUCUCAUACUACCACAGGUUUCAUCAUCCAAACCUUAACUACUCUCCUUCUUGACUUAGUCUUCACUACUCAUCUAAACGCCACCAUUUCAGCUUCUUUCCCGUUUUUCCCUUUUAAAUCUAAAAAACUUCUAUUUCAAGCUUGCUAUGGAUUCUCAACUUCUCUUUUAUUUUGUUUCUAUCUACAAACAUAAUUGAGUAAAAAGGAAAAUACCCAAAAGCUAUGGAGUUUCAAGAAGCACUUAUGAGACUAGUUAUACAUAAGCAUCCUGUAGAGAAACGACUUGUCAUUGAUGACUCACAGAAAGAAACAGAGAAGCAGAAAUGGAGAGUGGCUUCCUUUCGCAGAUCAUCUUCCUCAAAGAAACAACACCCGAAACAAGAAGUUCCGGUGCCGAAAGAGUUCCUCUGUCCAAUCUCCGGUUCUUUGAUGAAUGACCCUGUUAUUGUCUCCUCUGGCCAUACUUUUGAUCGUGUUUUUGUCCAAGCCUGUAAUACUCUUUCUUUUACUCCUACUUUAGUGGAUGAGAAGCUUGUCCGUGCAAAAAUGGAGGAUAAAGAUUUGAUUUGCAGGGUUAAAGAGAUUCCUCCAGUGAAUUUCAAUCACGCCGUCACUGAACUGACUCACAGUCGGCGAACGAAUUUCUCGUCGAGUUCAGAGGAAUCGGUGGAAACCGCGGUGUCCACGCCUCCAUUGCAAUUCACGACUCGGCCAAGUUGUUACUCUUCUGCUUCUUCUUCAUCAGAGACUGAAGCCUUAAACCCUAACCCUAACCAUGAAGAAGAAGAGAUUUUUAAAAAGUUAAAAAGCUCACAAGUAUUUGAGAUUGAAGAAGCAUUAAUUUCAUUGAGAAAGAUUACCAGAACAAACGAACAUUCUAGAAUCGAGCUGUGUACUCCAAGAUUACUCUCAGCCGUCCGAUCUUUAAUCAAUUCAAGGUACAUUAACAUUCAAGUGAACUCGGUUGCAUGUUUAGUUAAUUUGUCUUUACAGAAAGUAAACAAAGUUAAGAUCGUACGGUCAGGAAUUGUUCCUCUGUUGAUUGAUGUAUUAAAGGGCGGAUUCCCUGAGGCGCAGGAACAUGCUUGUGGUGUGAUCUUUAGUUUAGCUCUCGAUGAUCAUAAUAAGACUGCAAUUGGUGUUUUAGGCGCUUUGCCUCCACUAUUGCACUUACUUCGAUCCGAAAGUGAGUGGACUCGGCAUGACUCGGCUUUAGCUUUAUAUCAUCUUUCACUCGUUCAAAGUAAUCGGAGUAAGCUAGUCAAACUCGGGGCAGUACCAAUUCUUUUGGGUUUGGUCAAGUCGGGUCAUAUGAGGAGUCGGAUUUUGCUAAUACUGUGUAAUUUGGCAUCGUGUGUAGACGGGCGAGCCGCUAUGUUGGAUUCGGGUGGGGUGGAUUGUUUGGUGGGUUUGUUGAAAGGGAGCGGGUUGGAAUCUGAGUCAACUCGAGAGAGUUGUGUGUCCGUGUUGUAUGCACUGAGUCACGGUGGUUUGAGGUUCAAAGGGUUGGCUAAGACCGCCGGGGCAAUGGAGGUGUUGCUGCAGUUGGAGAAGUCGGGGAGGGAGCAAACGAGAGAAAAGGCAAAGCGAAUGUUGGAGAAAAUGAAAGGGAAAGUGGAGGAAGAGGGGGAGGAAGAGGUGGAUUGGGAGGAAUUGUUGCUGGACUCGGGGUCAAUAGCAAGAAGUCGGAGUCAACUCGGUGGCGGAAACGAGUCAAGUAUAGAAUCGUCCGAGUUAUAAGUGGAGCAUAGGUUGAUUAUUUGUUUUGUUUAUGCUUCUUUUUCGGGGUUUGUUAAUGUGGGAGGCAUUUUUUUGGUUUGGCAUUAUCAUACUUUUCUUUUUUUUUUUUUUGUUUCCAUUUGCCUAAUUCCUAAUUCUGGGGCAAUAAAAAAGGUGUAAAUAAUGAAGCAUUAUAAGAUGCAUUCAAAAAAUAAUAGAAAAUUGUUAAAUAAGAUUUUUUAUUUAAUUUUUGUUCA